AUGGAAAAUACAACAAGAAACAACAAAUCAAGAAUGAAAUUAGGAUAUAAUGAAAUAAUGAUAGUAUCAAUGUAUUUUAAUGAUAUUAAAGAUUUUAUUAAUUUAGAAAUAGGAAUUAAAAGAUUUCAAGGAAAUAUGGAACGAUUUCAUUUUAAUCCAAUUCCAUUAAAUGAACAUUCAAGAAAGUUGUUUCCUAAUAUUGAAACAUUUCAUAUUUAUAAUAAAAAUGAUGAAAUAUUUCAUGAUGGAAAAAUAAAUAAACAAAUAAUAUGGUAUGAAGUAUAUUAUUCAAGAUAUUUAAAAGAAAAAGAAGCAGGAAAUAUCUGUAAAAAUAUAGAAUUUACAGGGCCGUAUAGAGGUACAAUACCACCAGAAGUUAAAUCACUUGGGGCUGAAUGUUUUUCUAAUUAUAAAGAUUUAACAGCAUUUAGCAUACCAACAACCAUUAAUAAAUUAGGGGUUGGUUGUUUUAAUAGAUGUGUAUCAUUAGUAUCCAUCGAAAUACCUAUAACAGUUAGUAAAAUAGGAAGUGGGUGUUUUUCUGGAUGUACAUCAUUAGGGUCAAUUAAUAUACCAUCGACAAUUCAAGAAAUUGGACACUGGUGUUUUAAUGAGUGUUAUUCAUUAAAAUCGAUUAAUGUAGAGAACAUAAAAUAUAUAAGUAAAGAAAGAAUAUUUAUGAACGAGCCAAUAUUAAAUAGUAUUGAAAUACCAAGAAAUCUAGAAACGGUAAAUAGAAAGAAUAUUGAAAAGAGGUGUAUCAAUGAAUUUAUUAUUCCAACUACAAUCACUAAAUUAGGUGAUUAUUGUUUUGAAGAUUGUACAACGUUAACAUCAAUUAGUAUACCAACAACAAUCAGUGAAAUAGGAGAGUACUGUUUUAGAGAUUGUGUGUUAUUAAAAUUAAUCAGCAUACUAUCUUCAAUUAGUAAAAUAGGAUAUGGAUGUUUUAAUGAAUUGUUACUUAGUCUUAAAAUUCCAGAAAAUUUAAAAGAGGUUAAUGGAAAGAGUAUUGAAAAGAAAGAUAUAAAUGAAUUUAUUAUUCCAUCAUCAAUUAGUGAAAUACGAGAUGAUUGUUUUUCUGAGUGUUCGUCAUUAACGUCAAUUAAUAUACUAACAACAAUUAAUAAAUUAGUUAGCGAAUUAAAAAGUGGGUGUUUUUCAAGACGUUCAUCAUUAACAUCAAUUGGUAUACCACCAACAAUUACAUCAUUUGGAAAUGGAUGUUUUUAUAAAUGUAGAUGUGUUGAAGAAUUAAAGAAGAAUGAAAGCAUACCAAGAAGUUGUUUCUUAUGA